AUGACCUGUGAUUGGUAUGUCCAAGGGAUCAACGACCUGGUCACUCCAUUCUUUGUCGUCUUCCUCUCAGAAUACGUGGAAGAGGAUGUGGAGAACUUUGACGUGACCAACUUGUCUCAGGACAUGCUGCGGAGCAUUGAGGCCGACAGCUUUUGGUGCAUGAGCAAGCUGCUAGAUGGGAUCCAGGGUAACUACACGUUUGCCCAACCCGGGAUCCAGAAGAAGGUCAAGGCACUGGAAGAGCUCGUGAGCCAGAUCGAUGAGCAGGUCCAUAAUCACUUCUGGAGGUACGAGGUGGAGUACCUGCAGUUCGCCUUCCGCUGGAUGAACAACCUGCUCAUGCGGGAGCUGCCCCUGCGCCGCACCAUCCGCCUGUGGGACACGCACCAGUCUGAACCUGAAGGGUUCUCCCACUUCCAUCUCUACGUGUGUGCGGCCUUCCUGAUCAAGUGGAGGAAGGAGAUCUUAGACGAGGAAGGUUUUCAGGGCCUCCUCAUGCUGCUGCAGAACCUGCCCACAAUACAUUGGGGCAACGAAGAGAUCGGGCUACUGCUGGCCGAGGCAUACAGACUCAAGAACAUGUUUGCCAAUGCCCCCAACCACUACCGCCGAUAGGUGCUGUCUACCCCCCAGGGAGCCAGACUGCCCCCAUCCCUGAUGGCAAUCUGAUCACUGUGGCCACUGUGCGAGCCGUGGACCCCAGCCAGAAGCACUCCUGCUGUACAGAGCUCACCCUCACAGCCCAGGUCUGAACUUUGGACAUCCACCACUCCACGUCUCCGGAUCUGUCUCUUGGACCACUGUCAGUAUUCCGUGCCAUGUGGAUGGGCCCAGCUCUGGGAAAGGACAUAAAAGGAGGUACAGGGUUGUCUGCCCCUUUAAAAGACACUGGACAAAAGAAGGGGAGGCUCAGGGUCUCAAUGCUCACUGUCCCUACAUGCACUGGCUGGCUCUGGCCUCCAGGACCCUACUGAUAACUGUUGGUUU